AUGACCAAGCAAGCAUCUCAAACCGGCAAAACCAACCAGCACCGUGCGGCAUUACAAAACCCACGUCAACCUACGGUACCUGACUUUGGAAACAUACGCCAACCUAAGUACGGAAAUCAUCAAAACCUUGGUUCUUUAACGUCAGAUGUUAAUCACAACAACACCACUGCCGAAGUUGGUGGGGAUACAAGCAUGGAACAAACGGAACCCGGCGAUGUACCUGAGACACCCACUCCACAGGCUAGAAAGAAUCGCAUAGACCCGCAACUCGGCGCGGCCAGUGAAGAAUGCUCUAAGGCAGACAAGACAACUGAAGCACCAACUCAGACUCUGAGUUUGGGUGUAAUCCACCCUGCUGAGAUAGAGGAAACCCUGGAUGCGACAGACGCACCAAUCCACACGUCUGCCCAACCCGCGGACAAACCCUCUACUGCUGAAAGCAGUACCCCUGCCGAGAAGCCUGUGGCAGAAGCAACCAUUAGCGCGACGCAGAAGAUGCGUCAAGUCAAGAUUAAGAAAGCCAGGGCAGAGUAUGAAGCAGUUAAAGUGCUGUACCAGACCACCCUGGAACGGGUAACCGGUUUGGAGAAGGAAGCUCAGGAUGGAGCUAUCGACAAGGCCUUGAUGUUAACAAAGGCAUUUCUCGCUGAAUUGGAAGUCACAAUGCGUGAGGACGAAGCUGCUUACCUGGCUGCUCUAUCCGGUAACCACCCCAAUGUCAUCUUUGUCCCCAGCAAUCCAGCACCGCCUGUGGGGAUUAAUCGAUCUCUCCGCCCGAGACCUAUCCCUGUGGCUAAGAAGCGUAAAGGGCCUAGCAAUGAAGAUGGUUCCUCAAAGCGAGGCAAGGUAGCAGAUGUCUCUACCUUCUUCGACUUAGAGGCUAAGGUAUCCAAUAAGGAACCUACAAGCGAGAUCUUGGGCAAGGGGAAAGGACCAAAGACCCGUGUGAAGAGCCGAGCUUUCGUUACACAAGAGGACGACGAUUGGGCACACGGAGAGCAGUACCCAAAUCAGCAGGUUGAGAUGAAGGAUGUAGUUGAGGAGAAGAAGAAGGUUGAGAAGAAAAAGGAGAAGAAAGUUGAAGAAAAGGAAGAAGAUAAGAAUGAAACUUUACCUGUUGACGCAAAGAGUAUUUUUCAGGUUGAGAAGCCAGAUCUCAGUGCUCUGCUCAUAGAUCCUAGUCCCGAGGAGAUCCUCGAGUUGAAGGCGAAUCAGGACUCAAUCACAUCUUCUCAAUUCAACUGGGGAGAUGUACUUACUGUCCCUGCUGCGAAUGUGAUCCACGCUUGGGAGUACAAUCUCGAGUCAGCCAAGGGGAAGCCCUCAGCAGCCGAUUUGACUCUGCACCUCAACUAUGUUCGUGCCCUGGUGCAAGAUCGCGAAAUGAUGUACCUCAGGCUUCAAUGCUUUAUCAAGAAUAACAUCAAGAACGCAUUUUCAACUCUGCAUGAUAUUCUUUCAGACAGCCUUAGGCUUAUAUCUUAUGGAAACGAACAUGAGACAUUCAAGAUUAGGACUGAUGGUGAAGAUGGUGUGGCUGAGUCAUCUGUAGAAAUGGGGAAGACCAUCGCUUGGUUAUUGAAUCAAUGUUACUCGGCCGGCUCUGACGAUCAACCUGGUAGACGAAGUCGGUUAAUUCCUUCGAAUGUUAAAUCUUUACAGAAGAAAUUCUUUCACAUCUUCCUGGGAAUGAAUUUGAUUUAUGAGAAUGAGGUUCACAAUGGACUUAUCAAGAAAGCGGAACUUGCUAAGUUACGGAUUCGUGAUAUCAGGCAAAUGAAGUCUGAUCAUAAGACUAACUCGGUCUUGCAUCAACUCUUCAACGAUCGGAACAAGUUUUCGUCUGGCAACCUCAAAUCGAUUGCUGGCCCUUCUAAACCUGCUAAGACAAUCACUUCAGUUUCUGGAUCCCAAUCAUCUCAAUCCGCGAAUCCAAAAGUUGUCAAAGAGAAAUUGGUUUCAGCAGAUACUUCUAGAGAUAUAUCAAAUGUCAAGAAACAGUGCCUUCUAAACUUAGCUUUGUUCUUGUUGUAUGGCACAGCAGGAUUAUUUCACGCUCUGCCCAAUUAUAAAGAGCAAAGUAUGCCUGAAAGUGCGAUGAUUGUAUUCUUGGCUUCGAUUUUGGCGGAUCGGCGAUUCAACAAGUUCAACGAGUUACCUCACUCUUAUGGUGACCAAGCAUGGAAUCGACUCGACAAUUUGAUGUUCACAUCGCUCAAGCGGUUUUUGACCAAUUCUGGCCAGUUCAACACUCGGAUCAAAUGGAACGAGAUGACUAACCACUUUCACCAAGAAUUCGAGGAGAAGAAGUUGGAAGCUUUGUUUAUGUUGGAUCUGUUAACUGAAACUCGCCGACCUGGUUUGACUAUUGGUUUGGAUGGCCUAGUUCUUGAUCAUGUCAACAUUGACAAUGUCAAAUUGAUGAAGAUGAACGCUCCAGCUACUGAAUCUUUCCGGGUGUUGUGGGGCCCGACCGAAGGUCCUCCUCAGCCAGUGACUGAUCGAGGUCGAAAUCUUUAUCCUGACGUUUCUGGUGAUAAUAAUCAGGUUUCUGAGAAGGCUCCUGUUGAUGAUGAGGUUUCGGAUUCUGAUAAUUCAGGUGAGGAUGGAGAAGUAGUUGAUGGAGAUGAACAAGGUGAUGGUGAAGAUGGAUCUGAUGUGGAGGAGGAGUGA